CUCCCUUUCUUAGCCGCUCACACACCUGGACCAUGGACCCUGGGGAAUGCACGUGUAUGUCUGGAGGGAUCUGCAUCUGCGGAGAUAAUUGCAAAUGCACAACCUGCAGCUGUAAAACCUGUCGUAAAAGCUGCUGUCCCUGCUGUCCCCCAGGCUGUGCCAAGUGUGCCCGGGGCUGCGUCUGCAAAGGAGGCUCAGACAAGUGCAGCUGCUGUCCCUGAAACCCACCUAUGGCACCGGGAGAGAUCCUGGGAAGUGACUGACGACACAGUACCUGAGUCAAGUGAUUGAAUUUGUAUAAUAAGUUGUGCUUUUUAUAUGUGUGCCCAGAUGCGGGGUGGGUGACGUCCAUGUAAAGUUCUUGGAGUAAUAAAGUUUCCAUUCAUGGC